UAUAUAUAUAAUGCUAAGUGAAUAGAUAGUUAAUCCUGAGCCUAAGAUAGCAGCUGAAUUUGAAAAUAAAUUAGUUUGUAAUAUAUGUGAUGAUGAACUUGAACGUCCAAGUCAUUGGUAUUAUAUAAAUAUACUAAAUUAGUGAUUUUUGUGGAAAGUCCACUUGUUCUAAUUGCAUCGUAAAAAGAAGAAAAUUAAAGGAUGAAGUUUAUCAUCCAGUUUGUGAAUUUUGUGAACGUAUAUUCCUUGAGAGAAUUCUAAUUUUAAGUGCAAAAAAAUAAAAGGAAGAGUUGACUAUAACUUUAGAAUUAGCGAAUUCUGAAUUAGCAAAUAAAAGACAGUAAAUUUAUUCAUUUAAGAAUAUGAUUCAUACUAAUCCUGAUACUAAUUCUUCUGAACAAAAGAUUUAAAAGCUUGAUGAAGAUAUUAUUGAAGCAACUUAUUAAAAAAAUACUUUAUCAUAACAAUUAUAACAGAUAGAAGCAAAGAAAAUCGAAAUUAAAUAAUCAAAUAUUGAAAAAACUCAAAGUGUAGAUUAAAAAUAAGUAAAAUUAUAAGAGACCACAAAUAAAGCAAUAAAAGCAAAAGAUGAAUUAGAAGACAUAUAAAAAUAAAUUGAUGAGUUUUUAGCUAAUUUACCAUAACUUGAAGCAGAAUAAAAAUCAGCAAUUACAUAAUUAGAUUUUUCAAAUUAUGAAUAAAUCUUUAGAGGUAGUAAUUUACCUGAACUAAUGAAUUAGUAAGCUAUUAAAUAGAGUUAAAUUAUGUUAUAACCUAAUAGUAAGAAAAAAAAAGAUGAGAAAAAGGAAUGCAAAAUUUUUUGAAUUAUCUCAAACAAUUGAUUUAUAUAAUAUUCCAC